UGUUACAAUCAUGGCAUUGAAAAUAAUCAGAUGAGUCGUUGGGUAAAUGGGUUAAUCGCUCUGUCACAGUGAUCUGCCAAUGAUCUGCCAAUGAUUUAUGAUGUUAUUACUUAUAAAUUCACCCUGGAUACAAGUUAUUGAAAUGUAAAUAGUAUCAGCACUAAAGGAUAUGAAGUAGCAUCUCUAAGUAACAACUUACAUAUUGCGCACCAUUUAUGAUAUUGUUCAGAGGAAGUGAAUCCCAACCUCAUUUGACUUAUGGGCAAAAGUCUCGUUACAAAGACCUUGAUGCUCCAACUAAUGCCGGAUCUUCUCCAUUAUUGGCACCCUUUCCUUUGAAUGGCACUGGAGUUGGUGCCUCACAUCGAAUUUACCAAGUUCAGGAUCUGGAAAGAACAAGAUCACCUCCUUCAUUGCAAGUAGAUGAAGAGAUUUUAUGGAAUUCUAGAACUGCCACUACAGGACGCUCUCUGUCUUCCUCUCCCUCUCUGGAAGCUAAUCAAUUACGAGAACGAAAUUUUGCAAUGCCACUCGCUCAAAGUAAAAUUCCUGCUGUAUCUACUUAUUUAGAGACAUAUAAGUCUUGGGAAAAGAUGCCUACUAAGCCUACAAACCAAGUCUCCAAGAGAAGCAUGUCGCCACCCAAUUUGCUCGCUAAUGGAGGUAAUUCAGUUUAUGGGGUUCACAGUUCCAAAAGGCCGCCUUCCAGCUCUCCCCCCAAAUUGAGGCAAAAUUUUCCCUCUAAUGCUCUUGGUUCUCAUACUCAACAACAGUCUCUUACAUCUGUCCAUAAUAAUGCUGAUGGAGUCUAUGAGCUUUCCUGUUUCUUAAAGGACCAAAUUACCAUUUGCACACACAUCUGAUCAUGCACUUCAGGACGACUGCUCUGCUGUUCAAGAUGACAAUGAACGAGAACUAGAUGCCAAAGCUAAGCGUUUGGCCAUCUUCAAGGAUGACUUAGAACAACCAGCUCGAAGUGAUCCCAUCGCUCGAGAUCAGAGAGUUGUUAUGAAGAAACAAUAUCAAUCUGUGGCUGAGCAACAAAAACUUAUGGAGGAAUCCAGUGUUGAUACUCCAGGGGAUUUGUCUAACAGGAAUGCGAAGAUAUGGAAGAUGAAUCAUCAGUGAUUUCUUGUCAACAGGCUGAGUCAGAUUUAGCUGUUGCAGGUU